AUGCAAGUGGAAGAGAAGUUUGGGCCGUAUACUGCUCUGAAGAAUCGAAUCAUGUCGCUCGUUACACAGCUAAUUGCUAUCCAGGAGGAGAAGUGCAUGCAAUACUUGGAUGUAGUUCUCCAGAUAGAGACUUUGCCGUUUACCCAGAAUACUUUCUACUACACAAGUUGCAGAGACAAAUGGCUGGCGAAAUACAAGGCGGCCAGGGAACAGAAGGAAUCGCUAUCUGUGGCCGCCAAGUCCGGCUUUCCGGACCCGCCUCGCCCCGGGCCAGAUUCUUCAUCAAAUGGAGGUCCUUUUCCGUUAAGUUUGUCAUCUGAACCUCCACUAAGACGAACCUUGGAUGAAGUGUCAACCACUGAGUUGCCGUUCACGACGGCAUCUUCUGUUGAAGCAGCAGCCAAGUUGAGUGUCUUCGGAGAUUCGGGUACUCCAGCAACCCCUGCUACUGGCUCAUCGACUGCCGCUUCGAAUCCGUCAGCUGUACCUAUCUCUCAAGCGCGGUCCACUAUAGGUUCCUCAGGGACGCUUCCAGGCAUAUCGCAGCCUGCUGGUCCGUUCGCAUCUCAAGCUCCAGACUCUAUAUUCGCCACGCUGAAACCUUCACCCUCUCUUCCGAGCAAGGGUUUAUUUGGGUCCUCAGGAACACUGCAUCCUACACCCGGUGGUACUGGCUUAGCCACUCCGUCUACACCUAGAACGUUAGUAUCUGUUCCAGCGAAACCGAACAUUUCGUGGCCUUCGAUAGGGUCAUCUGCAUCUAUCUCAUCUGGAGCUCCGCAGACAAAGCCGACUCCAAUAGGCUCAUCGUUCUUUGCAGUGCCACCUUCAUCAGGAACACCAGCAUCUAAUCCAUCAAACACGAAUCUGCCAUCGCCUUUCGCGUUUAGCACGCCCGCACCGCCUAAAGUCAAUCCAAGUGGCACAGGGCCGUCAAUCCUUUUGAGUCCCGCUGGAUCUCCUGCGCCCGAUACAACCAAGCCUGGCUCAGCCACGCCCUUCGGGGGCCUGUUUUCCGCCCAGUCUUCGGGCGCACCUCAAGCGAAGCCAAGUUCGACGGGGUCGACACUGUUUCCGGGCCUGCCUGGGUUCGCUUCUCCAACAGGCUCCGUGACCAUGAAAGGCGGAUCAACGAUCAGUUACACCGGAAUCUUCGCGGUGCCUCAUCUAGUGCAGCCUCCUCCAGUGCAGCCGCACAGGGUGGACAUAUCGCCGUUCAUCGGGGGAUUCACAAAGAGUGGAGUCUGCAAUUUCCCUGAGAAGUCGUUUGAAGAGAUGCGUGUAGAAGCCCUUACAGCAAGACGUCCGAUAAAGAAAGCGCCGAAUUUGAAGAUGAAAGCGCGUGCAACCAUUCCUUCUGCGAUUGUGCAGUCAGAUGCUUCUGAGCAGGACUACAACGACGCACUGUCGGCACUAGCAAAAAUAGGGAUCACUGGCCUGACAAAAGAAGACCUGGGACGGCUGCAGCCCUCAGACCAGUAUACUCGGGAAUUGAACGUUAUGGCUCAGGUCAGAGCGUACUUUGGUAUAUCCUACAGGCGGGUGAUCGACAACGUCCCACUAAUAAUCGACUACAUGUUUGUGCAGGCUCUGGGGAAAGAGCUUCAAUUGUUCCUCAUAAGCGGAUUGGCCCUCGGAACUGCAGAUGCCACCCUCAAAUGUGCAGCCUAUCUGGCUGAAGAUCCCGAAACGCGCGCUCUUCGAGAGGAGGUAGUAGCCCGCAGACGGCGAUUGCAUGAUGUGGCUCUCGAGUUACGGAAAAUUAUGUGA